AUGAGGUCGUAUAAAAUCGCUGCAGUGUCACUGCUGACGGUUUCAACGUAUGGCUCCCCUUUAUUCACCACUGAGGGCGGCUUGGUGGAGAAGCGGCAGUCUCCAGGCUCGUACUAUGCCAUCACCGGCGCGUCAGGGGGUGUUUAUCCCCGUGUAGAGGUUCGCGAUUUGGAGAAGGCAGGUGGAGAGCCAUGGAAUCUGUUCUUGCUCGCCAUGACGGAAUUUCAGGCGAUGGAUCAGCACGUCAUUGAUUCGUGGUAUCAGAUUGCAGGAAUUCAUGGGAUGCCCUAUUAUGCCUGGGAUGGUGUAGAAGGCAGCAAUCUGGAUGGGAAGAGUGCCGCCUUUCUGGGUUACUGUCCGCACAACCAUCUGCUCUUCGGCACUUGGCAUCGUCCUUAUCUCGCUCUUUUCGAGCAAAACCUGCAAAAGGUCGCUCACAGCAUCGCUGCUCAGUUCCCUACAGCGUUGCAAACCAAGUAUCAAGAUGCAGCGACCAAAAUCCGCAUCCCCUACUGGGAUUGGGCAAAGGCUCUUCCUACCGACCAGCCCGUAGUGCCUACUUCCAUGACGACCGAAAAGGUCUCGGUCACGUUUCCUAAUGGCACGGCUGCGCAAAUCGACAACCCACUCUAUGACUACAAUUUCCAUCCUUUGGACAAUAAAGAGAUAAACGGAACGGGUUGCCCGCUGUUCACCGGCCCAGGAGGCGCCACCGGAGGUUUACCCGCAGUCUGUCAAGACAAUGACCGAACAAUUCGUGCUGGGCAGACAGCUAGUGAUCAUCCCGCGUUGAACUCCAAGCUUCGAUCCAUCCUAUCUAGUCAGCGGACGUUACUCUACAACAUUCUUUCGCAGUAUCAAACGUUCGCUCAGGCGUCCAGUGCGCAAGCUUGCGAUGGGACUGCAAAAGCUGGCACCCUCGAGAAUCUCCACAAUGCUAUUCAUAAUGCCAACUUCCCCGGACAUAUGAGCCCAAGUGGGGCGACGGCUUUCGAUCCCAUGUUCUGGAUGCAUCACGCCAAUGUUGAUCGCCAGCUUGCACUUCACCAAGCCAUAUUCCCUGGUACAUAUAUUGUUUCCUGCGCUGCAAACACGCCGACCUACACCAUCAGUAUUGGAGACCAGCUAGAUGCCUCUUCGCCCCUCACACCAUUCCACAAGAACGCCGCUGGCGAUUUCUGGACCUCGAAUUCCGCGCGCAACAUCCAGGACCUGGGCUACACCUACCCCGAGCUAGCUGACAGCCCUACGAACGCUACUCUAGUCGCGUCCAUCAAAGCGCAAUACUCUGGUCCGUCUGACGUGCUCGUUACAUCCACUAAAGCGAAGCGCGUGUCUGAACGUGACACUACACCGGCAACAAAAGAACUCUACCUCGCCGAGAUCAACCUCCCAUCCUACGGUCUAGACAACGGCGCAGGCGGCGGUGCACCUUACAAUGUGCUACUCUUCCUAGGCGACAUUCCCUCCGACGUGAGGGACUGGCAGAACGCAGAGUCCUUCGUCGGGCUAGCGUCUACACUCGGUGCGCCGAUGUUGCAAGUUGAUCAGACGACUACUCAUACCAUUGACUUAUCCCUUGCGCUUAAAAAGGCUAUUGAAUCUGGUGCGACGACGGAGGAUGAGGCGCUGGGUUACUUGAAGCAGCAUCUGCACUAUAGACUUGGUCUGGGAGAUUUUGAGAUCGAGAGGGACCAGGUCAAGGGGCUUGAGGUGUCGCUUAUUAGCACUGUUGUUGAGGUUGCUCAGUCAGACGAUGCUUUUGAUCGGUGGGUUGGCGGGUUCAAGGAGCAUGGUUUAAUUGAGGGGUGA